CCUCUGCCAUCAAGCCCUCCUCCUCCUCGAUCUCGCCGUCGAGCUCCUCCUCCGCCUUUCUCUCGAGUUCUCUUUCUGGAUCGCGCUCCUCCUCCUCCUCCUCCGCAAUCAAGCCCUCCGCCAUCAAGCAGAUCCGGAGAACUCCAUUAUUCUUUUUCGUUUUUCUUUUGUUUUUCUUUCUUGUUUUAAAGCUGUUAACAGAAUAUCCUUUUGUCAUCUUUGUUUGGCAACAUGGUUUCUCAGAGGAGUCUGUGUAGGCAAUGUAGGAUUAGAGAGGGAACAAGAUUGAGCGUUGUGAAUUCUGUUGCUGCUCAGAGCUCCACUGUGAAUUCUGUUCUGGCUGACGUCGCAAAGGAUUUGCUGACAGUUCAGGCACCGUCAGUUUUGAAACCAGCGGCUAAUCCGAAAACCAUUGCGUCGAUCAUACUAGGUGGAGGUGCGGGGACUCGACUUUUCCCUCUGACUUCAAGAAGAUCAAAGCCAGUAGUUUCAGGAUGAAUCCAUGGGAGGAAAUGUGAGGUCAUGGUCGAUGACAGCUUCCCAGUGCUAAUCCAUAGAAACACAAACCAGAGCACAACGACCUUAUUUGUAAUGUAGCUUGAUAAUGAACGGAUGGCAUUGGAAUUGAAGCGCAAAGAGAUGGAGCUUAAUCUUCAUUAGAUGAGAAAUUUGUGCUGUACUUUUGUUAGGGGCUGAAGUGGUCUUUAGAGUGAAGAUUUUGUUUUGGAAGAAAAUAUAGUUAAUAACUUAUGUACGAGGCUUCUGUUCAUAUUUUGAACCGAUGUAAUGUUAUAUGGAUGAGUUUCAAUUUGCACCUGUCCAUUAUUGUGGAAACUUGGUGGUGUUUUUUGGUUU